AUGAACGCUGCCCGUCAAAUCAUCUCACGCCGCUCUGUCCUGGCCAUGGGACCCCGACUCACCUCCCCUGCCCGAUAUGCCUCGACGGCUGUACCACACCAUACAUCUCACUCGACCAUGUCUCCCAAGGAUCGGCAGUUCAUGCGAGGCAUCUUUACUGUGGCAACCAUUGCGACUGCAGGAGCUGUGGCCUAUGGGGCUUCCAAAUCAGGUGGACGGAUGAACAGCCGCUUCGUCAAGCGAAACUCGACCCUGGACAGCAACAAAUGGUUCUCAGAGAGCCAGGAUUAUAACACCAUGCUGGAUAGCAAACAUUAG